ACCCCUCCCUGUUUCAAGCUUUCUCCAUCCCUGAGCCAUCACCAUGGGGACCACAGAAGCCACUCUACGCAUGGGAAAUGUGGAGGUGAAGGAGGAAUGGCAGGAUGAAGACUUCCCCAGACCUCUCCCAGAAGAGACAGGGAUGGACACCCUUGGAAGUCCCGUUGAAGACACAUCCUCUCCUCCAAACACUUUAAACUUCAACGGAGCUCAUCGUAAACGAAAGACACUCAUUGCUCCUGAAAUCAACAUUUCACUGGACCAAAGUGAGGGCUCAGUCUUGUCCGAUGAUUUCCUGGACACCCCCGAUGACCUGGACAUCAACGUGGAUGACAUCGAAACCCCAGAUGAGACGGAUUCCCUGGAAUUCCUAGGAAAUGGCAAUGAGCUAGAGUGGGAAGAUGACACCCCCGUGGCCACUGCUAAGAACAUGCCUGGUGACAGUGCAGACCUCUUUGGGGAUGGGGCAGCUGAAGAAGGUGGUGCCGCUAAUGGGCGCCUGUGGAGAACGGUUAUCAUUGGUGAGCAGGAGCACCGAAUUGACCUCCAGAUGAUCAAACCCUAUAUGAAGGUGGUGACCCAUGGAGGGUACUAUGGUGAAGGUCUGAAUGCUAUCAUCGUCUUUGCAGCCUGCUAUCUCCCAGACAGUAAUUCUCCAGAUUACCAUUACAUAAUGGAAAAUCUCUUCCUGUAUGUCAUUAGCAGUUUGGAGCUCCUUGUGGCUGAAGAUUAUAUGAUUGUGUACCUGAAUGGUGCCACCCCACGACGGAGGAUGCCAGGGAUUGGCUGGCUGAAGAAAUGUUAUCAGAUGAUUGACAGAAGGCUUCGGAAAAAUCUGAAAUCUCUAAUCAUUGUCCACCCCUCUUGGUUUAUUAGAACAGUGUUGGCCAUCUCCAGGCCCUUCAUCAGUGUGAAGUUCAUCAGUAAGAUCCAAUAUGUGCACAGCCUAGAAGAAUUGGAACAACUCAUCCCCAUGGAACACGUACAGAUUCCCGACUGCAUCCAACAAUACGAAGAAGAAAGAAUCAAGGCCAGGAGAGAAAGGUCAGAAGAAAAGCCAGAAACGAUGGAGGAAAGGUCUUCAGUGGUCACAGAAGAUCAGGAAACAAGCAUGUCAUGAAUCCAAGCUCCCAGACAUGGAAGCAAAGAAGAAAUCCAGUUACCAGUCACUUCCUGUACACACCCUUCCUGGUGCCCACCAGAGCUCAUCACCACCUCAUUCUGAGAAUCAUUCUACCAAGGGCACCACCUCCCAUCUGUCUCAGACAUCUCACAUCCUCUACAGCUGCUUUAAAAUGUUUUAUUUUUUUAACAGCCCAGCAUUGGCACUUUCUCAAACAGGGUCACUCUCCCAUCUCCCCUCCUUUCCAACUCCACAGCCCUCAAAGGGAUGUGAGAAGAGAAGAAAGAAGUGGAGAGAGAGAAGGGAUCUGUCUUCAUCUCCCAUGGCCUUCACUCUGUACUCAUUCUGAUUACAGCCCCAAAUUAAUAUGUGAAAGGGCAGAUCAGCACAUCAAAUCCUCUCAUAGUUUGGUCCAUGACCAUUUCUUUUUAAGCACCAUGUAGCCAGUGCCCUGGGCACCAAGUGACACCCUGGCUUUCCUCUCAGUACUUGGCCAAGUGCCCACCAGUCGCUAACGUGGACACUUCCCCCAAAAUGUGGCUAUGCCCUGACAAACUCCACUCACAAGAUCACCUUGAGUUUCAUAGAUCUCUCCUCCCAAAUGAACAUAAUCAGACAGAUUCAGCUCAGCAUAGUCUUGGAGUCAGGAAGACCUAGGCUGAAUCCUGCCUCUGAGACGUACUAGCUGUAUGACCAUGGUCAAGGCACUUAAUUUCUCAGUGCUCCCAGGCAACGGAUCCAUGCUGAACCAGACCCACCCAGGCUAUAUGUAACCUGACCCUGGUAACCUAUUCUAUAAGCCUCUCCCCAAGAACAGUUACCUGAGGGGAGCAGAGGCUACUGUUUGGCUCCUAUAGAGCUCUGCUCUCAUCAUAAUCCUGAAUGCCUGGGUUACCUUGAACAAGACGCUUCAACUCUCUGGGCCCUGGUUCCCUCAUCUACAAAAUGAGAACAUGGCACUAAAUGACCUAAAGUCCCUUCCAGCCCCCAGACAAUCUCAUCCAAGAGAAAAAGAAAGAAGGAAGGAAGGAAGGAAGGAAGGAAAAAAGGAAGGAAGGAAAAAAGGAAGGAAGGAAGGAAGGAAGGAAGGAAGGAAGGAAGGAAGGAAGGAAGGAAGGAAGGAAGGAAGGAAGAAAAGAAAAGAAAGAAGG